CGCAUCUCUCCAUCUCUGUCUCUCGCCGAACUCAGCUCUCUCUCGCCCUCUCCCUCCCUCUCUCUCACACAAACACCGAAUCUUACAGCGUGUAAGUCCUCUCUCUCUUUCCAGCCUUAUCAUCCUGUGGUGUAUUCAAUUUGGAACCCCAGAGAUUUGAAACCCUAGGCCUGAUAUCUUGACCUAUUCGAACAGUUACUGUUGAAGGGAAGACCCUAAUCUGGGCUUUAUAAUCAGAGAAUGCCCAAAGGGAAGAUCCACCCAAAUCAACCCUCACAGUCUCUCGACACAACCACAACGGAGGACCCCUGCAAAAAUGGUGUGAGGUGCAGUAAAUGGAUCCUUCGUUCUACCAAGUUUCGAAGAGGUAGAGGUCAACACCCAUCACUAAAGUUUGAGCCUACUAUUCCACUUUCACAAAAUAGGAAGCUUCCGGCUCCAUCUCCUGCGUCCUCGGCAAACUCUGUCAUAGGCGAGAAUAGCAUCCCACUGCCUACAUUGGACCGCACACAAAAUGACCUUGACAUGUGGAGUUAUGUGAACACAGAAAAAUUCAUUCACAUAAUGGUUGAGGUGGCUAGGAGGGAGAAAGCGACCAACUCAAAAAAGUCACGACAAUUUAAUGACUUACAAUGGCAUAAGAUAUUGAGGGAGCUAGGAGUGAGGACGGGGAGAAUAGGGUACACUAUUCCUAAGAUCCGAGAAAAGUUUACUCGCAUUAAGAAAGAGUAUAAGAUUUUUAAACAUAUGAAAGAUCAGACUGGGUUCGGUUGGGAUGACGCAUCACAAACCGUCACAACAACGGAUGACGUGUGGCAAACAUACCUCCAGGUAUGUGAACUUUAGGAGCUCACUAUUUUGAACUUCAUCCCUUAACAUUAGAAACAAUACAAUAACAAUAAUGUGCCCCAAUAACUUCCUUGUAGGCA